AUGGGCUUGGAAGAGAAAAGUACGGACGAAUUUUUAGCCUGCUCUAUGAAUUGCCAAAAUAAACCAAUUUAUAUGUGCGAUUGCAAUAGCAAAAAUGCAUUAUUAUGCUUGGACCAUUGUGGUGCUCAUGGAGAAUUAUCCGGAAAUCAUCAUUUCACUAAACUAAUAAUUAUCCCUGAUCCUGACACAAAAAUGAUUAUUUCAAAGCUCUUUAAAGAUAUUAAAUUUCAAAUAAAGGAAAGCCAGCUAAAAAUUAUCCAAGAAUCAUCAUCACUAAUAAAGUAA